AUGCCAGGGAAUUCGCAACAAGGGCCGCGAUUUCGAGACGAGCCAGUGACGCGUCUCGUUUCGGGCUGGUUUCCGGGCCGGGGCGGAGAGAGUGGCGACAAUGAGGUGCGUCGUUCGCGCGGGAAACGCAUCACGCAGCGUCGAGGCGCCAUCAAGCACUACAAAAUCCACGAGGUGAACGGGCACAGGUUCGUGGCGAAGUUUUUCCGGCAGCCGACCUUCUGCGCUUUCUGCAAGGAGUUCCUGUGGGGCUUCGGCAAGCAGGGCUACCGCUGCGUCGUGUGCCAGACGGCGGUGCACAAGCGAUGCCACAGCAAGCUACUGGGCAAGUGCCCGGGCUCCUGCGCGUGCUCCGAGGCGACCGUAUAUCUACGGGAGCGUUUCAAAGUGGACGUGCCACAUCGUUUCCGACCGCACCAGUUCAUGUCUCCGACAUUCUGCGAUCACUGCGGUGCACUCCUGUGCGGCUUUUUUAAACAGGGCCUCAAAUGUGAAGAGGGGCUCGAGGCGGUGGGCGGGACGCACCUGAUGCCCAAGCGUCGCCGUCCACCGCCUCCGUCAGUCUGCGCCGCGAUUCCGCCGAAGCUUCGGCGUCGAACACGUCGGAAAUUAACGCGC